AGGCCCAUUUACACUCUAAAGCCCACAUAUUGAUAAGAACUAAUAAAAGAGGAGACGGAGAAGACGAGAUCACAGGGAAGGAAACGGAAUAGAAGAAGGGAGAAGAAGGGGAAGAAAAAGGAGGAAAGAGAGAGUUGUGGGCCGACGGACCUGUGCCGACGCCGCCGAUGUUGAUGAGGGCUUGACCGUCGGUAUGUGCUGAUUUAUUUAGGACGGAAACUCCACUAACCCUUGACGAAGGCAUGCCUUUCUAGCUCUACCCGGCUUAGCGCGCGAAAUGUAGAGCCUCCCAUCAGACUGAUUAAGAAAUGGAAGAUCAAAAGAAUAUGCUGGUAAACAAUGCUUUGAUGAGUAAGCCCAGAAAAAAGAAAGCUUUGGCGCAAGACCCUGAAAUGUUUCAAUCACCUGGAGACAGUAUGAAAAGAUCCCAUGACGUACGAACCAUUUCCAGUCAAAAGGGGCCGAAGGGCUCAAAAAGAGGAGCAGUAAAUGAUGUCUCACCGUUGUUCCAACCAGAAAGAUUGAUCCCAGAUUCAUCGGGAGACCCUUCGACAUCUGGAAAUGAGUACAGAGCUCUGAGGCGGAAGUAUUUGCUCUUGGAGGAGGAAAGCUUUGGAUUAGGAAAAGAGUUGAAAGCGAUAGAAGAUGAUAUCAAAACCCUUGAAGAGGAGAAGCUAUCUUUGUUGGAUGAGCUUGUUGUCCUAGAAGGCCUUGUUGAUCCUUCAGAUCUUCAACCUCAAGGCCAAAGAUUGCAAUGACUUGUAUUAUAAUCUUAAUUUUUGUUUUAAGUCCUACAGUCAUGUCUCUUGGUAUAUAAAGGAAACUUUUGGCAAGUGUAGAUUUCAUAAUAUAUGGUUUCAUUGUGCAGAUA